AUGCCGGAACGAGCUUGGAAUAUGGAUGAGUCCACGCGCAACCGACUCCUCAAAAAGUACAAAACGCAGGUGGCUUCGGCGACGUCGACCGUUUGCGCAACCCUCUCGGUGACCCCUUUGGAGAACGUGAAAACUCGAAUGCAGACACACAACUUCAAAAAUGUUUGGCAAUGUGUUCGCUACCUCUGGCGUACUGAAGGCCCCCGCGGCUAUGUAGCCGGCGCACUUCCACCUUUGGCAAGUGUCACGGCGGUCCGAGUCGUCAACUUUACCACCUACAAUGCCUUCAAGGAACUCAUCUCAGAUAACGUUGAGCGUGCCACAGGGUUUAACCCCCUGGCAGAUUAUCAACGGACUGGGAGCAUGCCUACCAUGUCAGGAGUACUGACUUUCACUGCCGCAGGCAUGAUCGCUGGCUUGGUCUCCUCGCCUCUUGCCUGCCCCUUUGAAUUGGCAAAGAACGUCGUGCAGACUUCCGUCUUGGUAUCAAACCGUGCAAUGGCUGCUCCAGAUGCCGCGCGGGACCCUUCUCUGCGACACAAACCACGCUUGGGCACUAUAGAGGCAAUUAGGCAAAUCGUGAAGCGACACGGAGUCCGAGGCUUAUACACCGGGUUCCGCUUACAUGCGAUGCGUGACACACUGGGGACCGGUGUGUAUUUCAGUGUUUACGAGACCGCCAAACAGGUGGCAGCGAAAGAGCUGGGUGGAGAUACGACCCCCUUUGGAGCUCCCAUGAUUGCUGGCGCGAUUUGCAGCACUGUCCCCUGGUUCUGCACCUAUCCCCUUGACACUCGCAAGACUCGGGCCCAGAGCGUGCUGCUUGGCAAGACGAGUGAGAUCGGCCAGGCCUCGAAAGCCGUCGCCAAAUCCAGCACGUACAAGGGUCUCUCCAUCAUUCUACUCCGAACGGGCGUCAACAACAUGAUCCUGCUCAGCAUAUUUGAAUAUAUUAAGAUGCGUAUUGACGAGCUGCCGAAUUAG